AUGCCGAUUCCCACAGUGCCACUUCCAUGCAGCAUACAGGCUGUUCGAAAAACGACCCAAAUCGAGGUGGCGGAUCAAGGCCGUGAAAAUCUAUCGCACCUUUCUACUACUUUGAGAACUCAAAAAGAUCGACAACGCUUAAUUCUGCACCUUCUCUACUACAUUGAAAUCCUGCAGUGCGUCAAAGCUACCGUGGAGCUCAUCGGCGACGGUUUAGGCUUCCCUCCAGAGUCCUAG